CCAAAUGCAGAUAUUGGACUGGAUAGAAUUGUUUUUGGGUAGUUUCUUGUUUAUUGAAGCUGAGACUCAUCGCCUAGAGUUGAAGAUGAUCCCCAGAUUUCAAAGAAUAGAGAUGGCCUGUAAAAUUGAAGGCGUAGUCAAAAGUCUGCUUGAUCUCGGUUCCAUGUUACCAACUCGUAAUCUUUUCUUAUUCCGCGAACAGUAUACAGAAAGGAUUGAUUCAUUCGUCUCUCGUUUUCGAAUAAUUCAACUACCGUUUUCGCAACUGGGGUAA